AUGAGUUGCUGCCCCGCCACCGCUGAGCUCGCCCGCAGUCCUGCCGAUCACAUCGGCGUAAUGAAAAAGGCUGGUAGCACUAACAUUUAUGUGACGGGCCCUGCUUCUGCGAAGGCUGGCGUGAUUGCAUACCCGGAUUUCUACGGCCUGGACAGUGGCCGCACGAAGGCCGAUGCCGACACAUUAGGCAAGCUCGGCUAUGCUGUUGUGGUUGUAGACCUCUCGGACGGUGACUACAUGGUAGAUGGAAGUAUGGAUGGAUCCGAGGAAUGGAUUAAGAAGUUUACGUUUUCUGAGAACUUUGGCCCGCGCAUUCAGGAUGCUAUCCAUUACCUCAAGACUGAGGUGGGCGUCGAGCGCUUGAUCAGCUAUGGAAUGUGCUGGGGCGCAUGGGUGGGCGCCAUACAAACCACGCAGGACGAUCCGGUUGUACUAGGUCACGUGUCCUUUCACCCUUCGUGGCGUAUUGAGAACAUUCUCAAUGGUGAUGGCGCCGUCAACAAGCUGGCCGAGAGCGUCGAGGUACCUCAGCUGCUUUUGGCUGCUGGUGACGACGACGACUUUGUCAAGCCUGAUGGCAGCAUACACAAGAUUCUUAAGUCACGCAAAGACAUUGGGUCCCAGUCAGAUGUGCUGCUCUUCGCCGAUCAAAACCAUGGCUGGGUUAACCGUGGAGACCUUGACAAUGCUGCGACAAAGACAGCUGUAAUGAAGGCUUGGCACAGUGCCGUCAAGUUCAUUCAAACGAACUGCCCACUUUAA